UAUGUAUAGUAGCGUAUCACUUCAAGAAUUUGAGACUGCUUUAAUUUGGCUAUUGCUUAAUUAUAGGGUCUUUGUAACACUAAAUUAGUUAAGAGGUUCCAGAUGAAGGUCAAUUAGUUUGCUACAUUGCAAAUCUUACGACAGCAGCUUGGAGUUGGAAGUAGUUGAUUUAAGGAAGAGAGAAACUAAUAACAUAUGCAAUUAUUUCCUAUAUCCUACUUCUUCCAGUAUUAUUAGUACUUCACAAUAUGGAAUUUACUGAUGUGAAAUUAUCAAAUGAGCAUAAAGAACAACUGCGAUCUGCUUCAGAAAGUGCAGAUCCAUUAUCAGUAUCUCCAUUACAGAUAUCUCCAAAAUCACCGCGCUCUCCAAAAUCGCCUAAGUCCCCAAAGUCCCCAAGGUCUCCCGCUGAUCGUCAGAGCAAGCAUGGCGCAGAUAGGGGAAGUCCACUCAAAAAUAGAAGAAACUCUCAUUCUCCCCGAGAUGGUCGUCCAAAGAAAGGAGGUUGCGGAGGAAAAGGCACUUGGGGUGGAUUAAUGGAUACCGAUGAUGUCCAUACUAUUGACCCCAAUGAUCCAAACUACACUAGUAGUGAGGAUACAGAGAGAACAAGUACUAAAGAUAUGAUUGCAACAUUUGAGGACUACAAAAAGAAGGCAAUUAUAUUAGUGGAAGAAUAUUUUCAGAAUGAUGAUAUAACAUCCACAGCCAAUGAAUUAAGAGAACUUGGAAUGUCUUGUUAUGACUUCUACUUUGUUAAAAAACUAGUAUCCAUGGCAAUGGAUAGGCAUGAUAAGGAAAAAGAAAUGGCAGCUGUGUUAUUAUCUGCUCUUUAUGCUGAAGUUAUUAAACCACAACAAGUUUACAAAGGUUUUAGUAAACUCUUGGAAUCUGCAGAUGAUUUCAUCGUAGACAUACCUGAUGCAAUCGAUAUUCUUGCAUUGUUCAUUGCAAGAGCAGUAGUUGAUGAUAUUCUUCCUCCUGCAUUUUUAGCAAAAGCAAAUUCUUCUCUACCUAAAGAUUCAAAGGGAAUUGAGGUUAUAAAAAGAGCUGAGAAAAGUUACUUAUCAGCUCCUUUACAUGCUGAGAUUAUCGAACGUCGAUGGGGUGGAAGUAAGAAUAAAACAGUUGAAGAUGUUAAGGACAAGAUCAACAAUUUAUUGAUUGAGUAUGUGGUAAGUGGGGAGAAAAAAGAGGCUUUUAGAUGUAUUAAGGAUUUGAAUAUGAGAUUUUUUCACCAUGAAAUUGUUAAGAGGGCUAUUAUUAUGGCAAUGGAAAAGCAACAAGCCGAAAAUCGCCUUUUGGAAUUACUAAAGAAAGCUACAGAAGAAGGUUUGAUAAAUUCAAGUCAAUUAUCAAAGGGAAUUAAUAGGAUUAUUGACAAUAUUGAUGACUUGUCACUUGACAUACCAAAUGCAAGGGUGAUAUUGCAGUGUAUAAUUUCUAAGGCAGCAUCUGAGGGUUGGUUAUGUAUUUCAUCAUUAAAGUCAUUAUCAAAAGAAAUUGAAAAGCAAACAGUUGAUGAAAAACUUGUGAAAGAAUUUAAACUAAAAGCUCAAUCCAUGAUCAAAGAGUAUUUUUUAUCAGGUGAAAUUGUUGAAGUUAGCAGGUUUCUAGAAACGGAGAACAGUUCGUGUUUGGCCGAGCUAAAUGCCAUAUUUGUUAAGAAGUUAAUCACUUUGGCUAUGGACAGGAAAAACAGAGAGAAAGAAAUGGCAUCUGUUUUAUUAUCAUCUGUUUGUUUUCCAGCAGAUGAUGUAGUAAAUGGCUUUGUAAUGUUAAUAGAUUCAGCAGAAGAUACAGCUUUGGACAUUCCGAUUGUUGUUGAGGAUUUAGCCAUGUUCUUGGCUAGGGCAGAAGUAGAUGAAGUUUUAACUCCACAACACAUGGAAGAAAUUGGGAGUCAAUUUUUCGAGCCGAAUUCUAUAGGGAACAAAGUGGUACUAAUGGCAAAAUCUUUAUUAAAAGGUAGAUUAUCGGGCGAGAGAAUAUUAAGGUGUUGGGGUGGUGGUGGAAGUAGUUCAAAUGGAUGGGCGAUAGAAGAUGUUAAGGAUAAAAUAAGAAAAUUAUUAGAAGAGUUUGAAUCUGGAGGAGAUGCAAAGGAAGCGUAUCGAUGCAUAAAGGAAUUAGGGAUGCCAUUUUUUCAUCAUGAAGUUGUUAAAAAAUCAUUAGUGAUUAUUAUUGAGAAGAAAAAUGAGAGAUUAUGGGGUUUUCUUAAGGAAUGUUUUAGUAUGGGACUAAUAACUAUGUAUCAGAUGACAAAGGGAUUUGCUAGAGUUGCAGAAUCUCUUGAUGAUUUGGCUCUAGAUGUACCAGAUGCUGAAAAACAAUUUAAAGAUUAUGUUGAAAGAGCAAAAGUUGAAGGAUGGUUAGACUCCACAAUUAGUUUCAACAGGCUUGGACAUUCAAUGGAAAAUGGCUUUUGCUGAUUGAUUUCAAGGAACCAUAUUUUUUGACAACUUCAACCAAAGUGUUUUCUUCUAGCAAAUUGGAUUUCUAUACAUGGCCAGUAGAGAUUAUAAAAAGAGGUGACAAUCAUGAAUAUGUUCUAAAAUUCGAAGAAGCUGAGAUUGAAGACCUAAACAAGUGCUCACCAUAGGAGAUCAAAUUACAUAAUCUUUAUAUGUUCAAGUUGAUUGCUUGAUGUUGUGAAUUUAUUACAAGAAUGUGAACCAUAUCAAAUUGUUAGAAACUUGGCUUGAUAUAACUGCAUUCUUGCUUUCUAGUUAUAUAACAUAUAUCUUCCAACAAUAUGGUUAUGAGAACCGCUAAUAAAUUGUUUUGUAGUGUGAUUGACUUGUUACAUGUAUUAAUGAAUAUUUUUAAUAUAAUAUUUUUUC